CGUGUCCACGAAAUAGAUUCAGAUUCAAUUUAUUUUAAAAGUGUGAAGUUUUUCAUGUGGUUUCCUUUUUAUAUUUAAAAUAUUUAAAUUUAAACUCGAGACUAAUUAAUUAUUGCUAGAACAUUUUUCACUCAGACAAGAAGAGAGUGUCUAUAAGACGUGCCAUUCAAUGUUCUGAACUUGAUAUUUGAUACUCCGCUAGGACGAAAGUACCGUUUCAUUUGACUUGUGUUUCUAGUAUCCACUGUGUGACUUCUUUCAUUCCAAGGAUGUAAGAUUUCUGAAUGUAUACAUAUUUCAAUCCUAAAAGAUAGAUACAGGGAAUUAUGGAACUCUAUAUAGGAUCGCAAGUGUUGAAAGGCUGUGUUGAAGUGAACUAGAUUCUCUGUGUGUGUUCAGUAUUUGGAUUACAAGAAGGAAGUGAAACUCUUACAAAGAAAUGACGGGAAAUUACGUGAUGGACCACUUCAAGAGGACUAUCUGAACUCUGUUAUUUGUAGACCCACACGUUCUCCGUCGAUGACAUGCGCUUCCACCUCAAGAAGACCAUCCAGGUUGUUGUGGUCAUCGGCUGUGUCCUGGUCUACAUCAACGUCUAUCUGUCCACCAAAUCCUUCUGGACGUUAAACUGGACCUCGGAGCCAAACCAGAGAGCGCCAAGGAAAAAUGAUGUCCCCUCGACUACAAGAGAAUCUAUUAGCAACAUAACCAAUACGACUACCACUACUGCCGCCUCCGAAGUUUUGUUUAAACAAUCGCAACUGUUAACUGUAACGUCGCUUCAUCCAGAGGUGUAUCCGAAUACCGAGCACUAUACAGACGACAGGAUUGUCUCCCAGCUCAACUUCGUCCCGCCAAGUCUCUCCCGCCAACUGCAGAGCGGCGCCUCUAGCGUCAAACUCCGCAAGAUACUGCUAUACAACGGAAUAGGGGGCUGGGAUAUCAAAAGAGGCCAGGAGACGUUCCUAGACCAGAAGUGCAAGGUCCCGUACUGCGAGAUUACGGAAUCCAAGUCGGACAUGCAAGACGCCCACGUAGUCCUGUUCCAGGGUCCGCCGAGAGCAGGUGGCAACAAGCCUCCACAUCAGAACUGGUUAGUCUUCCUGUUGGAGUCGCCUUAUCACACACCAGGCCUUGGAUCCGCCAAUGGACUUGUCAAUUGGACAGCAUCCUAUCGCCAUGACUCUACAAUUGUGGCUCCUUACGAGAAAUUCGUGGCCUACAACACCAGCAGGCUAACUCAGCCCCAGCAGAAGAACUACGCUGCGGGGAAGACCAAGAUGGUCGCUUGGUUUGUUUCCAACUGUGGAGCGCGUAACGGUAGACGACAGUACGCAGACGAGUUGGCCAAAUACAUCCAGGUGGACAUUUAUGGAGGCUGUGGUCCAUUGCAAUGCCCCAGGCACGAAUCCAACAAAUGUUUUGACAUGUUGAACAAUGACUAUAAGUUUUAUCUUUCCUUUGAGAACUCCAACUGUAGAGACUACAUCACAGAAAAGUUUUUUAUCAACGGUUUAAAGCAUGACGUCAUUCCAAUCGUGAUGGGGGCAGCACCGGAAGACUACGUCAGAGCAGCGCCACCUCACAGUUUCAUUCAUGUGGAUGAAUUUGAAUCCCCCAAACAUUUGGCAGACUAUCUUCAUCUGUUAGACAAAGAUGAUAAACUUUAUAAUGAAUACUUUCAGUGGAAAGGCACAGGGGAUAUAAUCAACACGUUUUUCUGGUGCCGAGUUUGCGCACUUGCUCACGAUGACGAUAGGGGACAGUCGUGGUACAACGAUGUGGAAGCAUGGUGGAGGAACUCGGAGGUUUGCAUCGGAACGGAUAACUGGAGAAACAGAACCAAGCCGAACCAGCUGAUAGCAGACAUGCCUAUUGUCAUACCGCGGAAGUAAACACCAAGUUAGCAGCUGGUAUACUGUCCAGAUAUCCCUUGUCGUUGUCCAAAAACAUGCAAAAAUGAACAAUAAUAAGGCUGCCAUUUAUAUAAAUAGUUAUUAAUGAAAUGGUUUGUAUAGCCUUGCCAAGAAGUGUUGUUGUUUUUCCUGGAAUCCAAUGCUAGUUAGAAUAAUGCUACCAGUUAGUUUAGCACUUUAGGCAGAUGAACAUUUAGACUUGUUACUUAAGAAUUCUAAGCUUCAUAACCCUUCCAAAGUAGGACAAGUGGGGAUUGGAGUACCGUACGAGCUCCAAACAGAUUCUUUCAACAAAAAAAACCCAGUGAAAUAAUAAUCUUAUAAACAUGAAUAAUGUUUACAGUAAGGUUGUGUUUCUUUUUGACAGCUCUAAUUGUAGCAGGCCCAUAGAUAUAGAGUUUCAAAAAGAGAGAGGUUGCAUUUCAUCAAAGCAAUACUCAGUUAACAGGAAGUUCAAACUAGAGUUGCUAUUGAUGGCAAUAUCUCCCUGCGUUGUGUGCAGGCAGUUUCUGUCCACAGUGUUUAACUCAGCUUGGGAGAACUGUUUUUUUUUUAUGUAUUCACUGUUAACUCUAACAUUGAUAAUGUUUUUAUUUUCAAGUAUGCAUUCCAUUUUUUUAACCUUUUUGUGUUCUUGUAUACGUACGUCAUUAAGUUCUGAUUGUUUUCAAGAAAGAUAACUAUAGCUUAUUCUAUUCAUGUUGAACUGGCCAUGAGAGAUUUCUUCAAACAUGUAUGCUUAUGUAGGACCUUGUGAAUGUGUAUUAUGUUAGAUGGAGCUAACCCCUUCAAACUUAAAAAGUUUUUUUUUUAAAUAGUUUUAUUUAUUUAUGUACUAAAUUAUUUUAUGUAUUUCAUUGUUUAUCAAUUUUAAUAUUGUCUUUAUUUUUUUAAAAUCUUAGUGUAUAUAUAUAUCUAUAUAUGUAUCUAUAUAUAUAUAUAUAUACAUAUAUAUAUAUAUAUGUAUAUAUAUAUAUAUAUAGGAUGUAUGGGGAUUAUGUGAUUACUGUAGUAUAAAUAAUAGAGCCACGGCAUUUCUCUGUUCUCUCUUAUUUAUCUGCUUUAAAAAAAAAAGUGAACAGUGUAAAAUGAUUUGUUCUUCUUUAGAGGGUUUUUAUGUUACUUUUCACCUUUUGUUUUCUUCAUGACCCUCUAGUGGUUCACAGGUGAUUCACUAGUUGAAAAACUUUGCUAUAUUAAAUUUAUGUAUGUCGUUGCGACCCUAUCAAAGACCAUUUAAUGUUGAAUGUUACCAUGGCAACAAACAUUCUUUAAAAUUCUUUUUUUUUAUUCUUUUACAAGAUUUUUUCUUGGUUAAAUGUAUUUUAUCUUGUUGUUUUCCUUGUAUUCAAUGUUUGAUAUGUCCUUCUAUCAAUGAAUUCCAGCGUUUAACUACAAAGUAAUCCAUAACAUUGUUAUUUUGACACUAUUUCUAUGACAUUUUAUUCUCUUGUUGUUAUUUGUGUGUGUGUGUGUUUUUAAAAAUGUUUUUGUGAUAAUUUUUUCUUUCAUUCCGGGAGAAAUAAGAGAACCAAAAUAUAACUGUUAAAUCAUUUCAGUUCUAAUUCAUCGUGAUAAAAGUCUCAGAGAACAAAUGUGGUAAUAGUUCUGAUAAUGCCGAUGUAUAACCUGUCUGUGGACAUGGAAAGGAGAUAACAUGAUUGAAUAUUACUUUUAAGUGCCUAUUGUAACUCCUAGACAGACCAUGUGUAAAUCUGUUUUGCUGCACUGAGACAGUCUCCCAAGCUUGAGGGGAUGAAGCUCUGUGUGUGAAAGAGCUCGUACCUUACAUUCCUCUUACUAUGUCAAUGCUGGAUUUAUAUUUUCUAUGACUUUAAAAAAAGGAAUGCUCAUUAUAGCCAGAUUUAGCCAGGAUAUAUAGCUAUUUCUACAACUAUUGUUCCCAUGCCGUCUAGUUUCUUUGGUAUGGGUUGGUCCGUUCCUUGAACCUACAAAAAUACAUGUCUACUAAGCCUAGUACGUAAUCCUUUUGGCAGAUUUUUUAAAAGGGGAUAUAACUGUGUAUGCACAAAGCAAACCAAGCAAUUCUUCAGUGUGAGUUAAUAAAGAGGGCUUUUGAUUGCAACUUUUUUUACACACACAUAUCUAUAAGACACCGUCUCUGUAACUUUAUAUAAUUAAAUGAACGUGCCGAUUUCGUGUAAUAAUUGAAUCUUUAAUUUGCAUAUCUCUCUCAUUAUGAAUUCAUUAAUGAGUACUCAGUUAUUCUGUAAUGAAAUGUUUUGAAUAUUUGCAAUUAUAGUAAAAUUGAAAUAGUCUGAACAUAGAGAACUCCUAAUGGUUAACCUUUUAAGGUACUGGAAGUAAUCCUAAGAAUUACCUUUAAAUGGAUUGAAUGUGUUGAACUAUUUUUUUUUUAAUAUAUUUGAACAACUAGAAUAAUACCGUACAUCAAUGGUUACUUUUCCUUUAAUUACUAUCGUAUCUGGUACAAAUAAUUUUUUUUUUGUGGGAAGCGUGGUCGAGAGGCCAAGUGCUCUUGAACUUGCCUUGGCUUGGCUACCUAGAAGGGGACUCGAGGUUCGACAUCCGACUCGGGCAGGGUUGUGUUUACUGAGCGCCUAAAGGCAGCAUGGAAAACCAACUCCUAGAUACCUCCUCCCCCCCCCCCCCCAACUGGUCCACAAAUGAGAUUGGACCAAAGGCGCUCUGAGCAUGCUAUAAACAUGAAAGUAGCGCUAUAUAAAAGCUAUAAUAAUAAUAAUAAUAAUUUUAUCUUAUAUUGUCACUGACCUAUAAAAUGAUUUCAGACUUGGUAUGUUUUCUACAUUUGUCUCCCCUCCUCCCAAAAAUAGGAAGCUUUUUUACCACAGCAGCCUCCACUUGAGCAUAUUCUGUCUAUGUGAACUGUGAUAUAUCUAAUAUUCCUAGAAGGUUAAGAACUAUACCAUUUGACAGAGUGAUUUGUUCCGUGUUAAUGUUUGGGCAUGACUGUCCAGUGUUUGUAGUAAACUGGGCCCAAUGUUUUCCUGUUAUUGCUCUUUAGAUGUGUCUGUGUGCAGGGCCUGUGUAGGUCUGGCUGAAUGAGAAUCAAGGUGUUGGUUGAUAAUGAGCUAUUGUUAUAUUCAUGUACGUUCAAUGAGGACACAGCUCAAUGCACCAAAGUCUAGAUUAUUAAAUGAAGUCUUGUAUAGGUUUUAGUUUUGUGACUUUCCUAGCUUAUCAUCAAACUUCUUACCUUUUGUUUGCAUAAUCACUGCCUUUAAAUAUAAAUGCUAAAUAUAGAAUAGUAUCGUUUCGUUAUAUGACACUUUCACAAAUGUAAUUAGUCCUUUCUCUUUUCAUUUUUUUAAGCUCAAUGACAGUGUCCUCACGUUUCUCCUUGUUGCUUUUUUCUUUUUUCUCGCUGACUGUCAUUUACUGUAUUUUGAAUGUAACACGGAUCUUAAAAAUCCUAAAGUUAACAAUGAGCAGAUAAUUGUGAUUAGAAUGAGCAGGUGGGAAGUGCAUUCAGUUGAUAACGGUAUGUUGUAUCUGAAGCACCCCACACUCACACACUGUAUUGACAAAGAAUGUCACAAGGAAUUAUUUUAAAAUAUAUUUUUUAAAAAUAAAUAAUGCGGUCACUGCAAAAAAUAUAUUUAUGCUUAGCUUCUCUAUUUGAGGCAUUUCCCACAGAUUCAUGAGUAACUUUAUGAAUGCACUGAGUAAGACUGUGGCAGCACUAUGGAAUCCAUGGGCGGAAUUCAGCUUAAGUUGUGAUUUUAUUUAAGAAAUAUUUUAGUGCCACAUGAAUCCAUGAACUCAUACACACACACAUUUGAUCCCCACUCUGUAUAUCUUGGUCGAGUUGUUAGCCUGCUUCUACUUAGUGACACCAAAACAUGACCUUUUUAUUUCCAAGAAACACAAACAAGUGAAGAUUAAAAACUUACAUUACCUUCAGUAGCUUGAAAAUAUUUGUCUAGAUAAGUGACACUGUCAUUGCAAUAGUAGCAGUUUUUAAAAAAUGCCAUGAGAAACAUAGACUGGCCAGGGAGACGAAUUGUAUUCGCCCAUUUUUUUUUCGAGUUCUCCCGGUAGUGAAACAAUAAUCUUCAUUAUUCUUUACCCAUAGGUCUACUUUGAUGCCAUCUCUAUUUGACUUGCCAUCUAGUAGCCCAUAAUGUUAUUAUAUAGAGAUUGAUUCUUAAGGUUAUAUAUAAGCACAUUUUUGCUUUCCUUUGGAUGGUUUGGAGUUUCUUCAUUAUAUUCUGCUUUUAAAAGGCCGCCAGUUGUAAUUUUUUUUUUAAUCUAUGGUCUAUGUUCAACUCAUUAUGUGUGUGCAUGAAUAAAUGGGCAAACUUAUUAGGCCUAGACAUUAUAUAGGCCUGUGUAUAUUAUGUUUUUACACAUUGAAUGAUAUAGUGUGAACACUAGUUUACUUGGCACAAAAUAUUUUUGACGUAUCUUUUUCCGUUGCUUGUUUUAACUCUGACUGCUGUUGUUGAGUGAAAAAGAAAAUGGUGGUGUCCCUUUGGCAAAGCAUAAUAACUUUCACCAAGGCCCAACUAUUGUAACUGCAUAUUAUAUUAUGGCAGCUUGUUUUUCUGUAACUCAUACAUUUAUAUAUGUUUUUAUAUGUUUUGUUUUUAAAUAGAAGACUUACUCAAAGUAUAUAUUGUGUAUAUAAAAUGGACAGGACCUAGCACUAAUCAUAAUAUGCAAGCGUAAUCCAAGUAGACCUAGAUGUAGAAUCUAUUAUAGUUUUAGUACUCCCACAGUUAGAUGUAAACAAUAUGUUUAGUAGAUAAUAUGGGCCAGGUGUUUCCCAAACUAUGUUCCACGGAACCCUAGUGUUCAGCGAGGCCUGAAUAGAUGUUCCUCGAACUACUGGAAUAAUUAGCUAGUAGACCAUUACUUGAAUAAACUCAUUCUCUCCGUAAUUAUUUUCUAUGACCCCGACAGAAUUAUUCAUUUUGCUUAUUUGUAGCUCACUUCCCUGUUAUGAUUUAACUUCUAGAACUUUGUUAUCAGAAAAUAUUUUAUUGGGUAUAGAAAGGCAAUGCAUGCUCUUUUUAUAAUGUAACAUUGUUUAUAUAAACCAAAAAUGAAUUUAAUGGGAUGAAAUCAACAAUGGUAUCGUCAAUUAGGAGAGAAAGAGUUAAACUCUGUAAAAAAUAAACAAAGUGUUCCACUAAAUGUGCGAAGUGCUCUGUUAAGGAGAAAGUUUGAGAAACACUGGCUAUAGAUAGAUAUUUAUAGUAUUGGAAAUUUUGUUACGUGGGUGUUAAUUCGUAAACAAAAACAAGUUCUGGUGCACACAAUACAGAAUUGCUAAACAAAGUAUAACCAAAACAAUGUAUGUGCAACUUUUUCUGCUCUGUAGAAUCAAUCUCUGAACUUUUUUACUUGUCAUUUUUAUUUCCUAGUUGGCGACUAGACUAUUGUGGCCCACGUAACUUUUAUCUAUUUAAUUCCAAAUUUUUUCUUUAUCUUUUUUUUUUCUUUUGUUUUUCUUUAGAUUCAAUUAUAUCGCCACCACUUUGUUUAUAUCGCUUCGAACUCUUUUUUUUUUCUUAGUGUGUAAACCUGAUCUAAAGGGAGCUGGUAAACAAAGAGCAGAUUACAGAGAUGAAUUACUAGUUUGAAAAUCCCCAGUUUAUAUACAAUAGACUCAUUACAAAAUACUAUAGAUAUGCAAUGAUAAUUUCUAAAAAAAAAUAGGUCAUCAAUACUUAAACAGGCUUGACAUUUUUUUGAAAACUGGAUUUAGCUAGGAGACAUAAGAAAGAAUACAUUCAUAAUAUAUAGGUCUGUGAUUGAUAUCUGCUCAAAUUGGUGAAUAUUAUAAGAAACAAAUCAUAGAAUCGCAUUGUUUUGAAACAUUAAUAAAAAGUGUCGAUCACAAGCUCGCUUUUCUGAAUUUCUCGCUCAAAUAAUUAGCUGCCCGACAUUGUUUAUCUGCUUGGAUCAAAAAUACUUACACAAAUAGACUUAAUUAUUAAUCUUCUUGUUAUAAAAGACAGACGUUACUUUAAAAAAAAAAGAUGAUGAUUACACCCUAGGCGUCAUGUCAAGAAAUUACCUCAUGCUUUCAUUAGUGUACAUUGUUUCAUAUAACUUUUCUUAUAGUUUAUAAGACUAUGAGGUUUUUGUCUAGACCAUAUUUGAUUACAUCCAGAGAAAGUAUUCUAAACAUUUAGAGCUGUGGUACCUCCCAGAAUCACGGUGUUUACUUUUGAUCUCCGAUAAAUAGAGUUUAGAAAAACAGGUUAUAUGUUCAUCAUUCUUUUUUUCUUCAUGUUUUAUUUUUAAUAUCACGUGAUAUUAUUUUCUCAUUUCAAUAAUUCUUAAACUGCUUUAUCUCUGUACGUUUCUGACACCAUAUCUUUAAAUUAUUUUACAUUUGUUUCAAUAUAUUUAUAUACAUAUUGAGAUCAGAACUGUAUAUUUAUCAUAUUCUUGAUAGUUCAAAAAUUUAAAUAAUCUUUGCAAACAUUCCUAGAUCCUAAAACGUAAAUCUGGAAAAUCAACAAAAUUUACAGAAAAUGUUUUAAUUUAUUUUUGUUUGUUUUCUCAAUGAGUUGAGAGUGAUUUUGACCUGGUCACUGAACCUCUGUGACUGAACUAAAUCUUUCAUCUGUGAUUUCUGUGAGGGUGCACGACUUUAUGGUGAUGUGUUUUCUUCUGCUUUUUUUUUUUUUAAUUUACAUUUGACACUGUCCAGAGUUGGCAUGAGUUUAUAUUGGGAGAUAAUCCGUUAAAUAUAGCCUUACUUCCCCUAGCCAUAAAAGUCAUAGCCUUUAUUUGUCUCAAAUUAUGUAAAACAACUUUCGUUCAUACACUAAUACGCUUAGUUAGUCAAGGUAUUCUUAUUCAAAUGUUAGGAAGAAUCUAUAACAUUUGUUAGUAAAGGUAUUCUUAUUCAAAUGUUAGGAAGAAUCUAUAACAUUUGUUAGUAAAGGUACUCUUAUUCAAAUGUUAGGAAGAAUAUAUAACGCUCUGUGUGUAAGAAGAAGUCCUAGCCCCAUGGUUCGCAGCCAAACAUUGUUUUUAGAUUGAAAUUCUAUAGUAGUAUUUUAAGUAAACAUUUAAACUAGCAUACAGUUGAAAGCCUAGUGAAACAAUUUGAAUAGAAAGAUGAUUAAAGAUAACCGAAGUUUCAUUUAAACUCAUUUAAAGUUUAUUAAUGAGCCUAACAUCAAUGAUCAGCAAUUAAACCCUGCACGAAGCUCUGGACAUGAUAGUCUGUAACAUUUAUGUCUGUUUUUUUUUUAAUAUUACAGGUGAACUACAAUUCUAAAUGUGUUAAUGUUAAUGUACAAUCUAUUUUUUAAAACAAUGAUAUACUGUCUGUGGUAUUUACAUAACAUACUGUUGACUGCUUGUAUUCAUAAUAAAUUUCAAAGUUUAA